UAUUGAUUAAAAAGUGGACAAUUGGCAUGCCAAUACUCUCUCUCUCCCACCCUUUUGGGUCCUAACAAAGGGUGAAAAACGCGAACACAAAGACAACAAAAACAAGCGUCCCGGCCGGGUCUGAGCUAAUUCAGGGAGCUGAGUGAAAUGAAACUUCAUUGUUGUCCCGCUAAAACUGCUUUAACAGCUAUCAACAAAAAUGGGUUCCCUUCAGCUCAGGCACUCCCUAACACCAAACCAAGUGGUGAAGAGUUCAUGUCAAAAUUGCUUUGCAGAAGGUGGACAUUGCUCAGUCCUGAUACCAAUAUUCAUCAAAUUACACUUUCUUCAAAACAAGGGCAAAAAGGAGGGGGAUUGUUUAGCAAUGUUUCUUUCUUAAAAAAUAAUCAGCCUCGUCUUGGCAACAUGAUGCUUUAUGAAAAUCAAGGCUUAUCUUUCUAUAUUGUAAGGGAUGAUUUAUUGCACCCCUUUGUCAAUGGCAAUAAAGCAAGAAAACUGGACGGACUGCUUCCUCUCAUUGAAGAUCAUGGUGUGACUGAUGUGGUUACAUGUGGUGGUUGUCAAAGCGCGCAUGCAGCAGCUGUUGCUGUUUCUUGUGCAGAGAGAGGACUGAAGUCACACUUGCUUCUACGAGGAGAGCAGCCACAAAUUCUGACUGGCUAUAACUUGAUUUCAACAAUAUACGGAAAUGUAACAUAUGUUCCAAGAUCUUUUUAUGCCCACAGGGAAGAAAUGCUACAGACACAUGCUAGUAUGGUUGCAGGCCAUACAGGUAGCGUCGUAUAUUGCAAUGAUAUUAUUGAUUCUUCUCUAGCAUCCCAGACAUUUGAGUGUUCAAAGUUUGUGCAAAGGGAUGCUCCUAGAGGCACCGAGAACUACUCAAGGAAGGUUGCGAUAGUCAAUGAAGGUGCUAAAGAUGCUGUUGCAUUACUAGGUAUGUUUCGGCUGGUUGACUACUUAUCUCAGGACCAUUUACUUGGAAAAAAAAGGGCUUUCAAUUUUGUUGUGGAUUCUGGUACUGGAACAACUGCUGUUGGUUUAGGCCUUGCUGCCAUGUAUCUAGGGCUUCCAUGGAAGAUUACAGCAGUAAUGUUGGCUGACACAAUGGACACUUACAGACAACAAGAGAGACGAUUAAUUGCUGAAUUCAAGAGGCAAUUUCGUUUUCUUCUUGAUUGUCACAAACUAAAUGGAGCUAAUGAUGGAAUUGUGCACUGGGUAGACCGUUGCCAUCCAAGAAAGUAA